AUGGGCACUAAGGUGCAUCUGAGUACAGCUUAUCAUCCGCAGACAGAUGGUCAGUCAGAGAGGACUAUUCAGACUUUGGAGGAUUUGCUGAGGAUGUGUGUGUUGGAUUGGGGUGGCCAUUGGGCAGAUCACCUGAGCUUAGUUGAGUUUGCAUACAACAACAGCUUUCAGGCGAGUAUUGGCAUGGCUCCAUUUGAGGCUUUGUAUGGGAGGCCAUGUAGGACACCCCUAUGCUGGACCCAAGUGGGGGAGCGCAGCAUGUAUGGAGCUACUUAUGUUCAGGAGACGACAGAGAAGGUUCGUGUUGUGAGGCUGAACAUGAAGGAGGCUCAGGAUAGGCAGAAGAGUUAUGCAGAUAGACGCAGACGAGAGCUUGAGUUUCAGGUUGGAGAUAGAGUUUAUCUCAAGAUGGCUAUGUUGAGGGGUCCUAACAGAUCCAUAGCAGAGAACAAGCUGAGUCCGCGAUUUAUGGGUCCGUUUCCAGUAGUGGAGCGAGUUGGGCCAUUGGCUUACAGGCUGGAGUUGCCUGAGAUUAUGAAAGCCUUUCACAAGGUUUUUCAUGUGUCGAUGCUGAGGAAGUGUCUUCACCCUACAGAGGAGUUAGUGGCUAGGAUUCCAGAGGAUCUUCAGCCAGAUUUGACAGUGCCGGCAGUGCCUGUGAGGAUUUUAGAGAGGAGGGAAAAGGUUCUGAGGAACAAGAGGAUUCCCUUACUGAGGAUUUUGUGGGAUUGCAGUGGUUCUACAGAGGAGACUUGGGAGCCAGAGGCAAAGAUGAAGUUGAAGUUCAGGAAGUGGUUCGACAAGCAGGUCGAGGAGUGA